ACCGUCGAAUCUUCGAAAUAUCAUACCUAUCUUCGAAAUAUUCGUGAAAGCAUGGCCGAUGAACUCGAAGCCUUUAUGAGGGCUGAAAGUAACGAACCAUUUUUCGAACCUACCGAAGAACAAGAAGAAAUGUUAUUACUCGCUGAACGUGGCGAAUCGAUGGAAUUUCCAGACAGUCCAGACGAUCUCGACUAUGAACCGAUGUCAUCGCCGAAGCCAAAAUCUCCUCGAAAGAAUUCGCCGAAACCAAAAUCUCCUCGUACUCCACCGCCAAAGUCUCCGGCCAAAUCGCCAAGCAAAUCUCCAAACUCGACAAAGAAACGCAUCGAUAAAGCAGUAGGCGAAAUCGCCGAAGCGGUGUUAUCUCCAUCACGAAACGUAGAGCCAACUCCAUCUGGCUCGGGUUAUGUAUUUCCCGAACAAGGUAGCAAACCAACGCGACCCGCUAAAGUUACCAUCGACCGUACUAGAGCUCGAAAGUCAUCGCCGAAAAAGAAGGUGAGUUCGACAAUUCAACCCGUCGACAAUAUCGAAUUGAAAGGCCGCAAUAAAAAGCCCCUAAAACCAGCAAUAAAAUCACCAUCGAAGUCGCCAAAAUAUAAAUCGCCAACGUAUAAGCCACAAUCUCCAAAAAAGGCAGUCUCGUUCAAAAGUUCAUCGUCAUCGUUGUCGUCGUCGGCGUCGUCGUUUUCGUCGUCAUCAGUAUCGACGUCAUCGUCGUCGUAUUCGUCAUCAUCGUCGUCGGCGAGCAGUGUCCCUAAGAGAAGAAGCAGAUCCCCAAAUCGUUCGCCGAGAAAAUCUAAAUCUCCGUCUCCUCGCCGAUCGGUCUUCGAACGCCUAUCGACCAACGAAGAAAAUCUAAAGAAGGAGAUAAGAGGGAACAAGAUCACGAUUACCGAUCUACGAUCUCAAUUGAAAUCGAGGAAAAAUGAGAUUCGCAAUUUCGAGGAGGCGAUUCUGGAUGAGAAAAGGCGAAGGGAAGAAGACAGGCGACAAAUUCAGAAUUUAAAUAGAAGAAUAACCGAAAAAAACCGAACGAUCGACGAAAACCUAAUUCAAAUUCAACGCCUAAGCGAGCAGGUUGGUGAGCAGGCGACGACAAUCAAUAAUCAGACGAACACAAUCUCCAACUUACAAGCCCAACUAUUGAGAGCACCUCAACACGAUUCUGCUCGAGUAUUUUUAAUCGCUUCGGAUGAUGCGCCAUGCCAAUAUGUCUACUAUAAAACGACCACGUUGAUGGGCACUGGCCUAUUCGGGGCUGUUAAUCGACGCCUUUUGAAAAACUUAUCGACUGCGGCGGCACCGAAGCAGUAUCUGGACAAAUACAGAAAGAAACUCAUCCAUCCUCGAGACGAGUACCUUUAUAUUGAGGUCGGUAUGGAGGACUCGCAAAAUUUAUCGAUUCCAGUAUUCGACAUAAAAAAAGAAAUAGACAAGCUCGUCGCGAUACUAACAGACGACGAAAGAACGACGGUGAUUUUUUCGUAUUUAGCUGAUACCAAGAAGCCAAAGGUCGACGGACGAAUCUCGGAAAUCAACCAUUACUUUAAGUACCUCUCGGAACGCGACGAAACCAAACGAAUCCGCGUAUCAAAUCAGAUCAGAAGACUCACGGAAAUGUAUGGACCUCGAAGACCAUACUUCGUCCAAAAUGAUGGGAAGCUGGUACCGGAGUUCGAGUAUAUUACGUACAUCGUACAGAAACUCGAGGCCGAUAAAAAUUGGUCACCGGACAGCCCUAAUUAAAGAUACAUACCACCGAAGAUCAUCGAAGAUACCGAACAGCAAAGCCGAAGAAACCGUUUCCAAAAACACCAACGACAAACAAUAACAAUCAACACCGGUCAAUGGACGAGCAAUUCCAUGCGAUAAAACACCUACGUAGAACGAGAGAUUGAAAAAUAACGCAACAAAGAUGGAAAAAAUGAAAAGAUAAUUACCUGUCAUCGAAGUAUCCAGCUUCCAACAUACUAGCUCGGUAAAUCAAAAGAAAAUUAUCGUGUAAAGUCGUAUUUCAUCCGUUCGGAUAGUUUUUCCAAAAGCGCCUUCAGCGCAAAAAGUUCUCGUACUACGAAAAAUCCAAAAUUAAACUCGUCGAAUAAAAUCAAAAUUAUAGGAAAACAAAUUACCUAUUUCGUAUUGAUGAAUCCAAGUAGUAAAAGCAUCGAACGAUUACGCUGGCAACAUGGCCACUCUUUUUCUAUCAUCCAAAUUCGGUGAACGCUUCAACAAAUCAUUUCGAACCGAACGAUAUCAUCGUGGAAAUUUAUCGAAACAGCCUACGAAGGGCAGAAAAAAAUUAAUAAUUCGAAGACAAAUCAGUUUUCAAAAACGGAACUCACCUUUCAUGGGUAAUUCGGUAUCACCGGACAAAUUUGAAAAGCCUCGGGGCAAACCAAACGUUAUUCUAGUCAUCCAUUAUAUCAAAAUCAUCGUAUCUACGAACAAAAUCACGAAAUAAAUGUAACAACAAAAUUUCAUCGAAAUUUAAUUUAUUAAUAUCAUCGAAAAAUACUCACAUCGAAUGGUUCGGUCAUUAAAAAUCCAAAUUUGGAAAUGGUUGUUAAACUGAUUACUCAUUGAACAAAAACAUGGCGGCCGAUUGUUAUAUUCAUCGUUUGAUCUUCGAAAUCUGAAAUGUAAAUAAAGAAGAAAAAUUAUUAGUAUCUACGAAUAAAAAGCGUUCAAGCAGUCGAAGCAGUUGUUCGAGUGUUAAUUAGAAAUAAGCUAUUAAUUAGUAAUGAUGUUACUCUUACCUUAUAUUGUUGUUCUUUUUCUUUUGAAAUGUAAAUGAAGAUCGGUGAUCGAUCAUAAAGUAACGGGCUUCUCCCGAUAAAAGUAUAUAAAAACACUACGGUGUUGUUUUAACCGUUUGAAAGUUUUAAACUAUUUAUAUUGUUACGUUUUUAUCACGUUUUAAUUAGUAUUAAGUUUUAAUUAGUUCGUUUUAAACCAUUUUUAAUGUAAAGAGAAGUCGAAACACAGAAACAAGCCAUUUUGUCAAAAGUAAAUAUUUUGAUCAGCGACAGUGCAGCCAGUCGAACGAGGCCGAAAAAAGCCAGCUUGCUGGAAUUUUUCGUGCAUCGUCCGAGGGGCACCGGGCUACCACGAAGUUGUACUUGUCGAUUCGCAGUGUUGCCACACUGUGUUUCGACGGGGCAAUGAAGUGGUAACGCCCGGUGCUCCGACUCGAUCGGCUAAACUACGCUAUUUCUGCUACUCGCAGAUUAGCUGUGUCGCCGAGUGUUUAUAUACUCGGUGGCACAGCAUCCAAAGCAGCUAUCUACCUACAGCUUCAGUUGUAUGAUUUGUAUGUCUUCGACUUCUCUUAAAAUUCAUCGAAAUAAAAUAAAUAAAAAAUAAAUAUUUCCUCGAAAUUACCUAUUUAUAUAGGAAAAAGCUAUAUGUAUAAAGUACCAUCGAAAUGUUUAAAUUAUUCCAACGAAGAUAAAUUUUGUAUAUUGAUUAUUCACUCUGUGAUAUUUCUUGUACAAUAUACACGUCUCCCACGAACCAAACCCUGAGUUUUUAUUGAGUUUCUCAUUAUUCUACGAAAG